AGUUCGCCGAGACGCAUGCACGGGUGGUGCAGUAGAGCCGAGAAUCCCGUAGCGUGUGUUUGUUUUUAACUUCGCGAUCUACGCUCCAUCUCUUUUAACCUUAACAGAAUCCUACUCGUGAGAGAGGCUGUGAUUUCUUUCUCUCCUUCUCUCUCUCUCUCUCUUCUCCCCCUUCUCCCUGUUACCCUCUCAAUCUUUCUCUCGGUAUCUAAUUUUCCUGCCUUUCCCUUCCUUUAUUUCUUUUCCCUGCUUCUUCUCCUUCCCCCCUCUUUCUUCUUUUUUCUCCUCUCACAGUUUCUUAUUUCCCCGCUCCUUAUCCCCCCCUUUCUCCUUCGUGUCUCCUUUCUCCGUUUGACUCUUCUCGUUCUCAGUCUCAUGGUCUCUCUCGAUCCCUCGUUCUCCCUCUCGCGAUCCUACCACGGUUUCCGUCGCUCUUACGUACUUCUCUGUCCCCUCCCAUCCUCCUCCUCAUCCUCGUUUUCCUCCUUACACAUAGUAUACUGACUCCGCUAUUUCUAAAAACGUAACGCAAUCGUGGCAACGUAUGCGAGUAGCGCGCCAGAGAAACCACGAGUGAGAAGGCGCGACGUACGAACGAAUCGAGUUCUGCAAUUAAUUAACUAGAUAAUUACUGUGCAAGUAAAAAAAAGUAUCGAAGAAAGUAAAGUGACACGUAUUUAAAUAACAUACGUACAGUGAAAUCUAACAGGGAAAACGCGUUGUGCGCGAACGAGAAAAACGUGAAAAACGAACUGCUGGUUGUUUUUGGAUCUUUGAUCGCAACGUCGUCUGUCUUUUGCUCGUUUUUACGUUUUAACGUUACACUAUUUUCUAUCCGUUUCUCCCUCUCUCUGCAACGCAACAAUACACCUCUCUAUUUGUUUUUGUAUAUCUUUUUUUUUACUAUAUUUUCGCGUGACCGCCAUAGGAGGUAAUCAAAGUAAUUGCGAUGUGUGAUAAUACUAACACGACGACGCAGAGUAUAGCGGACUACCUGUCACAGUUACUAAAAGACCGAAAGCAGUUAGCUGCUUUCCCUAAUGUCUUCAUACAUGUAGAACGCCUACUAGACGAAGAAAUCGCUAAAGUUCGGGCGAGUCUUUUUCAAAUCAGUGGCGUCAAGAAGGAACCACUGGUGUUGCCAGAGCCGGACGGUGAAGUUAAAACGCUUAUGGAGAAAGUUUAUGUACCUGUGAAAGAACAUCCAGACUUCAAUUUUGUCGGGAGAAUUCUCGGACCGCGUGGGAUGACAGCCAAACAAUUAGAACAAGAGACAGGAUGUAAAAUUAUGGUCAGAGGCAAAGGUUCCAUGAGGGAUAAGAAAAAGGAAGAAUUAAAUCGAGGUAAACCAAACUGGGAACACCUGACAGACGAACUGCAUGUUCUACUGACAGUAGAAGAUACUGAAAAUCGUGCCACAUUGAAACUUGCCAGAGCCGUCGAAGAAGUCAAGAAGCUUCUCGUUCCCGUGCAGGCUGAUGGAGAGGACGAGUUGAAGAAACGACAAUUGAUGGAACUAGCUAUCAUCAACGGAACGUAUCGAGACUCUAACACGAAAGUUGCUGCAGCUACAGCCUGCGACGAAGAAUGGAGACGCGUGGCGGCGGCUGCGGCGGAGACGCAGCGGCUCCUUCCAGGUCUAACCACACCCAUGAGAGCGCCGAGCGCUCCGUUGGGUGCACCGUUGAUACUCUCGCCACGGAUAUCCGUCCCGACGACUGCGGCGUCUCUUCUGAACGGUUCCGGGCCCCCAGGAUCGCUCCUUUCAGCUGGCGAUCCCCACGGGCUGAUCUACACGCCGUACGCCGACUACGCCAACUACGCGGCCUUAGCAGCCUCGCCCCUCCUCACGGAUUACACCACUGCUGAUCAUUCUGGUGCAGCGGCCGCUGCGAAACAACGUAGGCACUUGGGCCAGAUUCGCGAGCACCCUUAUCAGAGGGCUGGCGCCUUGUCAUGAAUUCGGAGAGCGUAGUAGUCACGGUACCCUACGCAACUCCGUGAAAAGGCUUGGAGUGCUAACAAUGGAAUCCACUCGCCCCGUGCUAACACCUGGACUAUUGGAACAACAUCCGCGUUCGAUCGGUUCACCAACCAGACGACCACCUUCGCCGUUCGCAUCACCAGCCCUGUUCUUCGUCAAGUUUAUCCAUCCUGUUUACCCUCUUCGUGUCACUUUAAAAACGAAUAUUGUACAGCCUCGUUGUUAAGCCGCUUACUGCUCCUCGUUUCGCUAGCGUUUCUCCGCUCGUUUUCAUCCAGCGUUCGCUGGCACAGCCGGGACAGGUAAAUUUUAUUAAGACUUUUCGUUACGAGUUACUUAGUUCGAUCGACGAGAACGUUUCGAUCCUCGUAUGUCACGUUCCAACUUUCUACGAUGCAAACGGUUUCAGAACGUUUCUUUAGUUUUCUUAUUCGCGUGAGGUGAACGCGUUUGAACGCACGAUUCGCGCGCUAGCAGUUUCGUUUCUUCUUAAAUCUCUUAAUAAUCAGCUUUCAUUUCUGUAAGUACAAAAUUACUCGGCUGUCGAGUCAACGUGUGUCUUUGCCCGACAGGGAGGUCCGCUUUCUUUUUUUUUUUUUAACGUCGGGUUACUAACUUAUUUAUUUGUUAAGGUAAUCGCACAGAUUUUUCCGCACGUUUCGCAAGGGGUGAUAUAAUCAGAAAAUAGUGGAUUGUAACACGUUAAGUAUUUGUACAUAAUCGUGAUUCAUUGAAAACGACUCAGCAAUAACUCGUCGUUGUAGAACUUUGAAAUGUUUGCGCGUGAACUGCGCAUCGAUCGACUCAUGAAAUUACGUGAUAUUCUUUUUCGUUGUAGAUAUUAUUUUAAUUACUUUUAUCAUAUUUACUUUCUCUUUUUAUUAUCUGCUCUUUAAAUCGCCCCCCGUUCACUGAACUGGGAGACCAUUAAUCAAUUGAAAGGCAUCGCUUAAAAUAAUAUAACAAAUGUAGGUAUAAAAUACGUAUAUCCAUACUUUGGUAUGCCUUAAGAGUUUUUAAUACUUCACCAUUUAUUUUUCUUUUUUUUUUAUUUUUUAUUAAACUUAAAUGCUCUGAAGGUACUUGAUUCAAUGAAGUAAAUGUAUUACGUUCAUGAUAUUAUAUAUUUAUAAUUGAAAUGGUUAUUUUAAGCCGACGAAAAGUGUUUACGAUCAUUGAGGGUAUUGUAUAAGUUGAUUCUACAAAUUGAUUCGUAAUCACAGCGAGAAUCUCAUUUUUCUGUUAUAUCACACCUGUUAACAAUUUGUAUAUUAAAGAAAGGAGGUCUAUUUUAGAAUCGUACACUGUUUGAAAUUAACAAUUAUCGCGAAAAAUAAGGUAAUGUUCUCUACAUAGUGAUUAGACGUAUUAAUCACGUUUCCAGUACUUACGUCCUUAAAUAGAAUCGAUAUAACAAAUAGGCAGAGUGCGUAGGAAGGGGCAAAAGCAAAUUUAUAAGUAAUAUCAUCUGUUUUACGCAGCUUAGGGAAAUAGUAUCGACGCGUAAUGGGUGCAAUAAGAGAAUCAAAAUUGCAUAUUUGUAGAAUUUCUUAAGUGAAAUUCGAAAUUGAAGCCGAGCUCAGGAUACCGAAGCGGGUCGAAAAUCUAAAUUUAUUUCUCUUGUUCUUCUUCUUCUUAAUGUUAACAGAAACGUAUAUUUACUCAUCAUUUUACACUAAUGUAUAUUAAUCGAUUGUAGUAAUGCACGUUGAAUCGCAAUAUGUAACACGAAGGUAGCAUCGAUCUUUAAGAAUCUAAUCUUCACCGAUCGAAGCAAUUAUGUUUAAUUAAUCAUUUUCAUCUGUUUUCUUUGGGACUUAGAACUCUAAAUGCGAUCGAGAGAAACUAAUCAAAUCAAAAUAUUUGAAUAUGUUAAUUAGGUGUUAAGAAUUCUUAUAUAUAAUGUCUCGUUAAUUAUUAUAUAUGCAUAUAUGAGUCUGUUGCGUGACUAAGAUGAAUCUCUACUCUCUUUAACAGAGAUAUAUAUAUAUAUAUAUACACAAUACUUUAUUAUUUUGUAAUUUGAAAAUUCUAUUACGACAUUAUGGUGCAAUUUAUUUGUAAAAUAAUAGAUAAUAAUUGUUCGAGCGAAGUCGAUUCUCUUAUGUAAAAAACGAUCGUUCCGAGGGAUCGUCGUCAAGGACGGUCCUACUCUUAAAAUUCGUGGACAAUAAUAAUUCAACUAAAUAGGUUUAAAGGAAAACGAAUUACUACCAUUUUCGUUAAUUGCAAUACAUCUACAUUUAUAAUGUUACAACAAAGUUAUCUAUAUAUAGAUGAGUGUUUAUAUAUGAGGUUGAUUUAUUUAUCAGUCGAUAUAUCAAUUAGACGGAUAGAGAAUAUUUUGUUGAUUCUUUAAAUUUGCCAUAUGUACAUGUAAUAAUCAAGAACUUUCUAUCACGUUCGUUUGUGUAUAACCUAGCAAAUCGUGUAAUUUACGCUUGUACUUUUUUUCACAGGCAUUAAUAUAUAACUUCAUUUUCUUUCGGCUACAUAAGGACAAAUAAUUCUUAUUUUCGUGUAAAUAGGUAUUGUAUUUGAUCGUGUAAUUGUAUUAAGAGUGAUCUGAAAUCUACUUAAGUUUAUAUAGCUUGAUGUAGUCUAUCCAUUAUAUUUUAAUACAAAUGGAGAAAAAAGAGAGAAAGUAAAAUAGAAGGAUAUAGGUAGAUAUAUAUAUUUAGUGGAGUCGAGUAAGAACGGGGAAAGUUGAAAAUUCGUAAAACGUAUUUGCCGUGUGUUUAGUGCAAUAAUAGAUGAUUAUAUUUACCUAGUACUCAUCUAAGUGACUUAUAAUUCUAACGUAAUCGCACUGUAAUUAAAUACUUUGCAUCAUGUUCGAUCUUACACAUACAGAUGUUUCACCUUUGGAUAUCAUCGAGAGAUCGUUCAGGCCGAAUUCAUUCGAUGCUCACCGUGAACUCGGCGAAAAUUCUAUCUAUUUUUUGACUUUCCCUUUUACUGUUAAACAAAUGAUUACACAGAUAUUCAUUGAUGGUUUAUAUGUAGAUGAGAACUUAUAUAUUUUUUAAAUCUUAUACAACUGCAGGUAUGUACGCAUAAUACGUUGCAAAAAGUACACGAACAGAAUUUUUUGGGAAUUUAUGUAUAUAAAAAAUGCAUAUCGAUCUGAUAUUUAAAAAGCGAAAAUGUGAACACUAAUAUUUCAUUCUUAUUUCGUCGCAUUCACCUAUCGAGUGUACGUGAGUAGAAUUAUCGAUUAAUAAACCAGAAAAAUGUUUGUGGUAA